CUCAGUCCGCUUCGGUCCUCCCUGGUUUUUCUCGGUUCUCCAACAUGAAGCCCGGCCCGCGGAGCUGGUUCCGGGUCUGGUUCUGCUGCAUCAGCCUGUUGUGCACCCGGAUCCGGGCUCUGGACCUCCAGGACCUGUUCCAGUUCGGGGAGGAGGCCGGUGACGCGCAGCUGCCCCCAGGGUCGGACUCCACGGCGGAGCUGGACCUCAGCGGGUCCUUGCGCUUCUUCAGUGAAUCCUUCAGCAAAGUUUACAUCAACACUAAUGGCUUUGUGUCGCUGGACAAACCCCCAGCCGAGCAGGACUACCUGGGAAAGAUGCCAGCAGGUUUUCAGAUGAUGGCGGCGCUGCUGGGAGACCUGGACAACAGCGAUGGUCGGGGGAAGGUGUUCUUCAGACAGGACAGCAGCCCGGCAGUGCUGAGCCGAGUCUCCCAACGGAUCCGACAGGCCUUUCCCCGAGAUGACGAGGAGCCCAGCAAUGCACUCAUUGUCACCUGGGAGAAUAUGGCUGCCAAGGGGUCGACCGAGCGAGGGGACAGACUAGACACCAAGGGCAACACCUUCCAGCUGGUUGUGGCCUUCAUGAAGUCAUCCUCCGUGGCUAUACUGCUGUACCCCAGAGAUGGCAUACACUUCUUCUCCACAACUGUAGGGGGCGACAGUAAAGUCCUGGAGGCCGGUUUCAAUGAGGGGCUUGUGACAAGCUGGUGGUGGGGAACCAAACAGGGGACAUAUUACCAGACCACCACGGACGAGGAGAUCUCCAUCAGGACGCUCACCGAGAAGACGAACUCUGGACGGCGUGGAGUUUGGGUGUAUGAGAUUGGAGCUUCACCCAUCUUCCUGGGCAUCACAUCGGGAAUACUCUCUACCGUCCCUGAGGAGUCCACCACCAAACCUCCCAUCACCAUGUUACCAAGGCUACCAGAUGAACCUCAGGAGGUUUUCAUGACCCCUGAAACUCAGACGACUGAAGCGAUUCCAGAGGAAGACCAGGAGCUCCUCACUGUCCCUCCAAGUUCCUCAGAAACACAUACUGUUACACCAGAGCCGGAGACCGAUGAACCUGAGUACGAAAUCCUGAACGAGUUUGAGUCAGAAUACUCUGAAUCCGAGACGGUCACGCCAACGUACACUACUACGGAAAUGGUCCAACCAAGGUCUACUGAUGCUGAGGCACGGUACCGACCGGACCCCAGGUACAGUGAUCCAGAACAGAGGUACACGGAUCCCAUCAAAUCCAGGUUCUCUCCAGUGGAGCCUGACCCGGCUGGACCGAGGUACACCAGCCCUGAACAGGUUCGGCCCAUUCCACCUCACCCUCGACCUCAGCAUCCACAGAUUGUGGUAGUGGAUGAAGAUGAAGACCUGGACAUCAAUGUAUUUGCCUAUAACUUGGAGACAUGUGCUCACAACAGACACAAAUGCUCGCAGUUCGCCGACUGUCGCGACUAUAGCAACGGGUACUGCUGUCACUGCCGACCUGGUUUCUAUGGAAAUGGGAAGGACUGCGUCGCAGAAGGUAAACCUCAGCGAAUGAAUGGAAAGGUGUCUGGGCGGGUGUUCAUCGGGAACUCACCUUUGCCUGUGGAGUUCAGUAACAAUGACCUACACUCGUACGUGGUGGCAAACGACGGCCGGGCCUACGUGGCCAUCAGUAACAUCCCCCACAGCCUGGGCCCCUCCCUGCAGCCACUGUCGUCCCUGGGGGGCGUCAUCGGGUGGGCCUUCGCUCUGGAGCAGCCGGGGUUCCACAACGGGUUCAGCCUCGUGGGUGGCGUGUUCUCACGACAGGCUGAUGUCGUCUUCUAUCCUGGGAACGAGCGCCUGAGCAUCCGGCAGCAAUUUAAGGGAAUUGAUGAACAUGACCACCUGGUGGUCAGCACCGAGCUAGAGGGACGUCUGCCGGCUAUCCCACUGGGCUCCUCGGUCCAGAUCAACCCAUACAAGGAGAUUUACCAGUACGACCAAAACCUGAUCACCUCCUCCUCCAACCGCGACUACACCAUCACCUCCCCGACUGGCGACCUCCAGACCCAGAGCUACCAGUGGCGUCAGACCAUCUCCUUCCAGAGCUGCCCUCAGGAUGACGCCUCCAGGACGGUUCCUCCGACCCAGCAGCUCAGUGUGGACCAGAUCUUUGUGAUGUUUGACACCGACAACCGCCUGAUCCGCUACGCCAUGAGCAAUAAGAUCGGCUCCGUCCACACCAGUGUUCCAGAGCAGAAUCCAUGUUUCACGGGUCGACACGGCUGUGACAUCAACGCCGUUUGCAGACCAGGUGAAGGCCUCCAGUUCAGCUGUGAAUGCACCGCCGGCUUCGCUGGAGACGGACGCUAUUGCCAAGAUGUUGACGAAUGCCGGGAGACGCCUCAGGUCUGUGGACCCAACGCCAUCUGUGGGAACCAGCCAGGAACAUUCCGCUGCGAAUGCUCCGCCGGCUUUGUGUUCGCCAGCGACGGGCGGACCUGCAUCGAGGACAGCCGACCAGUCGAUCACUGUCAGAGAGGAACCCAUACCUGUGACGUCUCUGAGCGUGCUCUGUGCCGCUACACUGGCGGCUCAUCCUUCGACUGCUCCUGUCUGCCGGGCUUCGAAGGCGAUGGACGGACGUGUAGAGAUGUCGACGAGUGUCAUCAGGACCGAUGUCACCGCGACGCCAUCUGCACCAAUACACAGGGAUCCUACACCUGCCAGUGCCGCCCUGGUUUCCAUGGCGACGGCUUCCAGUGCAGCCCCACAGAGCAUGAGAAGACGCCAUGUGAGCGUGAAAGGGAGCACGCUCAGACCGCCUCCUCAUCUUCCACCGGGUUCUUCUCCUUCUUCCGUCCUCGCCCCGCUGUCAGUCAGUACGUCCCUCAGUGUGACGAACACGGUGCCUAUGAGCCCACACAGUGUCACACCAGCAUCGGGCAGUGCUGGUGUGUGGACGCCAAUGGACAGGAGAUCCCCAACACCCGGACUGGAUCCAGCGCCACCACACUUUGUAUCAAUCAGGUGGUCACUCCUCCUCCUCUAAUUGGACCGACGCCUCGCCCAGACGUCCGCCCCAUUGCCGGAGGAACCCACCUGCUGUUCGCCCAGAGCGGGAGGAUCGAACACAUUCCUCUGGAUGGAUACGACAUGAAGAAGGAUGAGUCCAAACCUCUGCUGCAUGUCCCGGAUCGCGUGGUCAUCGCCGUGGCCUACGACUGUGUGGACAAGAUGGUCUACUGGACCGACAUCACUGGGCCGGCCAUCAGCAAGGCCAGUCUGGACGGAGGAGACGUGGUCCCAGUCAUCACCACAGACCUGCAGAGCCCUGAAGGCAUCGCCAUCGACCAUGUGGCCCGCCUCCUCUUCUGGACCGACUCCAUGCGCGACACUAUAGAGGUCUCCAAACUGGACGGCAGCCAGCGGCGAGUCCUCUUCGACAACGACCUCGUCAACCCUCGACCCAUCGUCACCAACCCGGCAUACGGGCGGCUGUACUGGGCUGACUGGAACAGAGAUGGGCCCAAGAUCGAGAUGUCCAACAUGGACGGGACCGAGAGGGUCGUCCUGGUCAAAGACGAUCUGGGGCUCCCCAAUGGUCUGACCUUUGACCCCGACAACCAGCAGCUCUGCUGGGCCGACGCAGGUACUCGUAAAGUGGAGUGUAUGGAUCCGCAUCGCAGGAUCCGGAUAAAGAUCGCCGAGGGGAUCCAGUACCCAUUUGGCCUGGUCUCCUUUGGAAAGAACCUGUACUACACCGACUGGAGGAGGGAAGCAGUCAUCUCUGUUGACCGCUACACUCAGAAAGAGACAGACCAGUUCCAGCCUCAGAAACGCUCUCGGCUUUACGGCAUCGCCACGACGCCAACGCAGUGCCCACAAGCCUAUAACUACUGCUCUAACAAUGGUGGCUGCUCCCACCUGUGUCUACCGAGACUUGGCGGUUUCACCUGCCGCUGCCCAGACAACGUUGACGGCCGCUGUGUGGACGGGAACCUGUGAGGAUGCCAGACUGAGGCGCCAUUGUCCGGACAAUCACAGACAUUCAACUGAAUUCAAAGUUUUCUACUUUUCUUACUUGAAUUUAAAGUUUCCCAAGAUUCCUUGUGUUUGGCUGCGUUCAGACCUCGCUCUGUUUAUGGUGAAACUUCAGGUGCAGUGAGAUCAUUAGCUUUAUUCAUGUUUCUGAAUGAGUUUCAGGUUAAAAUGACAAAAAUUGUUAAAAGGUACUGAACAAUGAAAAUAGCCUGGUUGUACAUUAAAACUAAAAUACUUUUGCCAUUUUUAAUACCCAAGUUGUUGGUGUUUCAAUGUUAACAGCGAAAAACAAUCACCUGUUAAAAAAAAGACCCUGAUGCGAAACAAAAUAUUUUAAAAGUCUUCUGAAAAGCUAGCUGCAAACUAACAGUCAAAGAGAAAAAAGAGCACAUAUAAAAUAAAAUACAACCAACAAUUUACUGUAAUGUUCUGGAGGUUUGAUGGUUCAUCUUAUGGGGAAUAUUUUUUUGUAGAUUAAUUUGCUUUAGAUAUUUUUUGUAUUAUUAUACAAAAAGCCAUUUUUUAUUAAUGUUCAAUUUUAAAAAAUCAUUUGCUUUUGGCUUCAAUAAAUGUUUUUGUUAUAGUGGUAAAUGAAGUGUUUGUUGCUCAAAUAAAAUGUAAUUCUAUAUUUUAACAGUUCUGUUUAAUUUCCAUGUCAGGGAUGAACCCUUCACAUUGAACCACUAAGUCUUUUUGAGGUCAGAUUUAUUCUCGUUUGUGCUAAAACUCUGUUUUUUUGUGAACUUGUAAAUAAUUCGAUGUUUUGCAGACAAUAUUCCCUUCUCUGUGAAAGGUGCUGAUAUUACUGUGAAGCCAAACUUGACUGUCUUCAUGUGUUGGACUUUAACUACAGUCGCUGCAUCUCGUUUCAAGGACUGAACAGUGACAAUUCCACUUUUAUCUGUUAAAAAUCUGAUAAAAGUAUUGCUUUGUUGUUUAACCCAUAAAGACCCAGUGCUACUUUUGUGGCAGUUCCCAAAUGAUCAAACCAUUUUUAACUUUUCUUAAGUGAUUCAUCACCAUUUAUUAUAAUAAUAUGGUCAGUAUUUUGCAUUAUUAAGUGAAAAUCAGGUAUUUUUCAGCAUUUAAUUCACUGAUCAUGAUUGAUGUCCAUAAAAGCUCAAAUUAAAAUUGACGGGUAUUAUAUCAAAUGGAGGAAAAAGCGACAUUUUCAGUAAAAUAUAUCAUUAACUCAACAUAAAAAUGAGUGUCUCCAUCCACUGUCAUUGAUCCAACUCCAUAGGUUUUACUGGUGAAUCAAUGUUGCAGAAGAUGAUGGUGUUU